AUGGCCACGACCUGCAUAGACCUGUGGAAUCAUGAUAUGAACGUCUUGAACCACUACAGUGAUAUUCUGAACAAGAAUAACGAAUUGGAAGAUCCCUACGCGAGGGAGGCACUGAGAAUCGAGAAGAGGAUUGCCAGAAACAACAUCCCCAUCCCCCUUUACCGCAUGCUGGUAAACGCGAUCAACAACUUUCCAAUGCUGAAGUACCACGUGAGGGCGAGCAUCGAGAAGCUAGAGAAGAUCCACGACUGUCUUUACCACAUCAAGUAUGAAGGAACCGAAAGGGACUGCAUGAGGCGAUCCGCCGAGAUGAUCCUGGAACUCUACGCCAAGCUAGGGGUGCCAACCCCGGGGGCGUUGAACCUCUACAUCAACGAGGUGGCGGACCACAUCACGAAUCCGCAGGUGGUUGCAUCCACGGACUCAGAGACCUGGGUCCAGCUCAAUCGUGAUCGCCUGGCCUCCGCCCAAUGGAUCCUGACGCCGCGCCACCCCUACAUCGGCGGCAACGAGCAGAGCAUCAUCGACUUCAGGGACAUCGCCCCGCUCCGCCACAGGGCCAACGUCGCCUGCUACAAGAUCGUGGGGAGCUACGCCAGGACCGUCACCAGCGCCCUCCGCCACAUCCUCACCCAGAAUUCGCAGAUCAAGACUGUCAUACUGGAGGGCAUCGGCAUGGCUCCCGGGUACCACCGAAAGUUCAACAGCAAGAAUCCCAGAGACGUCUUCCCCAGGGAAGCGGCCAGGCGAGUCCGCGAGGAGGUGGAGGGAGAACUAUUGAGAUACGAUGUCAAUUACGAGUUCCGCACUUCAAAGAUGUCCAUGUCCAUCAAACGCACGCUCGACGGUAUUAUUUCCGCAUUCAGCAUGUUUAAGUUCGAGCUCAUUUGCUUCAAAAAGGAAAAUCGUUUCCAUGCCAUGUUGAACGACACCUGUGACAACAUCGUCAAGAUCGACGAAACAGCCACCCCACAGGAGAUCCACAGCAAACUGGCUGCGGAAGUCGCCAGCAUCAAGAAGGUGAUGGAUGAGAUCGAGACCAUGAACUUGCAUAUCAGCUCGCUGAUUGACUUAUUGAGCAACUAA